AUGUCAGCAAAGGCAGCGCCAACGACCAAGACGGUGCCCAUCGGAGGUGCCAAGAAUGGCAAGGAGAGAGUGAUCCCCGUACAGAGGGCGGCCAAGUUCUACUCGGCCGAAGAUGUGAAGCGACCCAAGCCGACUCGAAAGGUGCAGCGACCGACCAAGCUGAGAGCGUCCAUCACGCCCGGCACGAUCCUCAUCCUGCUCGCCGGUCGAUUCAGAGGCAAGCGAGUCGUCUUCCUCAAGCAGCUCGAGUCUGGCCUCCUGCUCGUUACCGGUCCUUACAAGAUCAACGGCGUGCCCAUCAGACGGGUCAACCAAGCCUACGUGAUCGCAACCUCGACAAAGAUUGACGUCAGCUCUGUCAAGAUUGACGAGAAGUUCAGCGACGCAUUCUUCAAGAAGUCGUCCUCCUCGAGCACAAAGGGCAAGGAGGGCGAGUUCUUCAAGGGCGAAGGCGACGCUUCGGAGAAGAAGACCCUGCCUGCCAGCUUCGCAGAGGAUCAGAAGACGCUCGACAAGGCCAUCGUCGAGGAGAUCGCAAAGACAGCCAACCUGUCCAAGUAUCUCGCCGCCACGUUCAGCUUGUCCAACGGACAGCUGCCACACCUGCUCAAGUUCUAG